AUGGACGCCGUGGAGUUGUCCUGGGGCGCGCGGUGCGCCGGGCUGGCCUUCUUCGUCCUGUCCGUCCUCGUGGUGGCGCUCGCCGCGGUGCUCCUGCUCGUGCGCCGGUGGCCGUGGUGCAGCUGCCAUGUCUGCCGGACGUACCUCACGGGCUCCUGGGCCAAGGACUUCACCAACCUCGGCGACUGGUACGCGCACCUGCUGCGCGAGUCGCCCACGGGCACCGUCCACAUCCACGUCCUCGGCUGCACCGUCACCGCCAACCCGGCCAACGUCGAGUACAUGCUCAAGACCAACUUCGAGAACUUCCCCAAGGGCAAGCGCUUCUCCGCGCUCCUCGGCGACCUCCUCGGCGGCGGCAUCUUCAACGUCGACGGCGACGCGUGGUGCCACCAGCGCAAGAUGGCCAGCCUCGAGCUCGGCAGCGUCACCGUGCGCUCCUACGCCUACAAGAUCGUCGCCCAUGAGGUGGAGACCCGCCUCCUGCCCGUCCUCGCCGACGCAGCCGACAAGGGCAAGGUGGUCGACCUCCAGGACGUGUUCCGCCGGUUCGCCUUCGACACCAUCUGCAAGAUCUCCUUCGGCUUGGACCCAGGCUGCCUCGACCUCGACAUGCCCAUGUCGGACCUGGCGAACGCGUUCGACACCGCCUCGCGCCUCUCCGCCAUGCGGGGCGCCGCGGCUUCGCCGUUGGUGUGGAAGAUGAAGCGGAUGCUCAACAUUGGGUCCGAGAGGGAGCUCAAGAAGGCCAUCAAGCUCGUCGACGACCUCGCGUCGGCGAUGAUUCUACAGCGGCGGAAGCUGGGUUUUGAAAAUAGCCAUGACCUCCUCUCCCGGUUCAUGGCCUCGGACGGAGACGUGCAAGCCAUGGACGACAAGUACCUCCGCGACAUCGUGGUCAGCUUUCUCCUCGCCGGGCGGGACACGGUGGCCUCCGCGCUGACCACGCUCUUCAUCCACCUGUCCAAGAACCCUGAAGUCGCGGCCGCCAUUCGCGCGGAAGCCGGCGGCGACAAGCCGUCCACGUACGAGCAUCUCAAGAGCCUGCAGUACACGCACGCGGUGCUGUACGAGAACAUGCGCCUGUUCCCGCCCGUGCAGUUCGACUCCAAGUUCAGCGCCGCCGCGGAUGUGCUCCCGGAUGGAACCUACGUGGAAGGCGACUCGCGCGUGAUGUACCACCCGUACGCCAUGGGCCGCAUGCCGAGCAUCUGGGGCGCCGAUCACGAGGCGUUCCGCCCCGACCGGUGGCUCACUGGACCCGGCGAUUCGUUCGCGCCGCCCAGCCUGUACAAGUACCCAGUGUUCCAGGCCGGCCUCCGCGUGUGCCUCGGCAAGGAGCUCGCCGUCACUGAGAUGAAGGCGGUCAGUGUGGCCGUGGUGAGAGCUUUCGACGUGGAGGUUGUCGGAGAGAAUGGCCGUAGUGGCUGGGCGCCAAGAUUUGUGGCGGGGCUCACGGCGUCCAUCAGCGGCGGGCUCCCAGUGAGGAUCAAGCGCGCUUCGACGUCGGGAUAG